GCGGACACGUGGUCGGACGAGCUCGAGUGGGGGGAGUGGCCGACGCGCGGGGGGAGCGACGCGGAGGACGCGACGUCAUCGCGCGACCGCGACCGCGGCGACGGCGACGGCGCGGACGACGACGGAUGGUGGCGCGAGUCGUCGAGUAGGUCGUCGUUCGCGGACGACCCGUUCGCGCCGCCGACGCCGCCGUCCUCGCUCUUCUCCGGCGACGCCCUCCCCGCCGCGGUCGGCGCCGUCGUCUCCUUCGUCCUGACUAUCAUCGCGUCCGUCUCCGACGCCACCGCGCGCGUCCUCGCGCGGACCACCCCGCGAGGCGUCCCGAUGGCGACGCUACGAACGUUGUCGUAUCUGCUGUGGGGGUUCCUCUUCUUCGCGUUGUUCCAACGCGUCGUCGGCGUCGUCGUCCUCGUCGGCGGGCUCGCGCUGCUCGCGGUCGCGGUCGCGCGCGGCGAGGGGAUGGGGAUGGGACCAACGGGCGCCGGCGUCGGGGAUUGGGACCCGCGCGACGGCGGCGACAGAGGGACCGGGGACGCGUGGGGCAGCAGAGCGCGCAACUUUGACGCGUUCAGGGACGCCGACGCGAGACGUCGGCGGCGGCGGCGACGCGAGGAUCUCUUCGGAGCGGCGGCGGCGGCGGGCGGGGAGAUGCGGGAGUUUUGGAACGCGUCGCCGUUCGAGUCGAAAACCCCUUUCGAGUUUGAACCCGACGAUUCGGGACGGGGAGGCGCGCGAUACGGCGACGACGACGGCGCGGGCGGCGCGCGGCGCGCGCGAGGAGAUCCGUACGGCGAAUAUCCACCCGCGGCGGCGGCGAAGUCGGCGGUGGACGCGGUGCGACGCGCGGCGGCGGCGGCGCCCCCCGCCGCGGCCGCCGCCGUCGAUGACAUGGGCGACGACGAUGUCGAGGUCGAGGUAGACGCGCCCGCCGUCGCGUUCCAGGGCGCGGGCGGCGCGUCCGAGGCUGGGUUCUCGUUCACGGGGGUGGAGGAGGAGGACGACGACGAAGUCCUUAAGGAACGGCGUUCACCACGCGAACGCGGUCGUAUGGGAACCAGUCACGACGACGACGACGACGACGACGCGCGCGUCGUCGACGUGGAAGCGCGCGCGGUGCCGUUCAACGAAUGGAUGAACGGCGGCGCGAGCGCCGCCGCCGCCGCCUCCGAGAGCCCCUCGAGCGCCUCCUCCCCGUCAGGACCUUCGCCUCCUCUCGCGGAAGAGCGAAGAGACGCGUUCAGCCGCGGCGAAGGCGCGCGGUCGGCGGCGGCGGCGUCGGCGGCGGCGUCGUCGGCGUCGUCGCGGUGGACCGCGGCGAGGAGUUACCGAGGCCAGGGCGCGGGACGGUCGGAGCGGUGGACGUCCGCGCCGCCGCCGCGGUCGGACGCGGGUCCCGACGGUCCGUCGUCGUUCGCCGGCGGGUACGAGGACGCCGCGGGCGCGGGCGACUGGACGAACGAGUUUCGCGGUUUCGGCGGUUUCGGCGGUUUCGUCGACGGCGGCGACGGCGCCGGUCCGGACGGACGAACCGCGCGCAACCGAUGGCGCGAGUUCAUGACCGGGCGAUUCUACGGCGCGUAUCAGGAGGACUUGGUCCGAAGCACGCGCGCGACGGUAAAUAACGUCGGGGACCCGGCGUUCGGAGGCGAAGCGCGAGAGCCGGAGCGGGGCGGGGCGGCGGCGGCGACGGGCGAGAGGAGGGACGCCGACGCCGCGAACGACGACGACGCCGGCGUCGACGUCGACGCCGCCGCGGGCACGGACGCACGGUGA